CAGGGUCGACUUCAUUUUCUAUUCUUUGUCCAACUUUCAAGGGAAGAAUAUGGAUUGAAUUUCAUUUUCAAAGACAAAUCUAGUCUCCCAUCGCCCAUGCUUUGUUGGAGUUGAUUUAUUACUUAUUCUUCCGAUUUAGCAAAGCAAAAGUUACGAUUUAAGAAACUUUUCCUCCCCCUUUCCAACUUACUUAUUGCUUGUUACAACUUCUCAGCCACUCACCACGGAAUAAAUAAGAGGUGGAGAAAGUGAAAUGCCGUACGUCUACAGUCACCACCAGUGUUUUUCUCUCAGCUAUCUGUGCCACUUUUAAUUUGUGACUGGAAAUCGAAUGUGACGAGAGGAACCGACCACGGGUGAAGGUUCUAUAACAAAUUUCAUGAAAUUCUUCAAAUUGUGAAAAGUUGAAGGGGAAGUUUAAAUCAAAAUCAAACUUGGUUCAAAAAAGUUUCGGGUUGAAUGCUCAGCUAACUAUUUGAAAUUGAUUUGAUUUGAAUGCUGAACGUCUAAUUUGAAAUUUGUCUGGAGUGGAGUUGAGUGCAGAGUCGAAGAAAAAUGGCCAAUGUUUACCGAGAUUACUUCAACACCCUUUUAGAGAGGCUGCGAACAACUUAUCUGGAGCGUCGAAAGGAGGAAAGACAAAAUGAGCUGAGACUGAUGUCAGAAGAGGGCGACGACAGCAGUACGUCUACAUCGACGGAUUCUGCCCUAAAAGUCACAUCGGUGACAUUUUACCCUCAAGGCAAUGGAAAACAUCAUCGAACCUCAAAAUUCCAGUUGGUGGAAAGGGGCACACCAAUCUUGCGUCGAGGUCAGACGUUUUUUAUUGCCAUAGCAUUUGGCCAAGAUCAAAAUAAGCGACAAUAUGAUUCAAAUCGGGAUGAGAUCUGGCUUCGGCUUUCCUUUGGACCUCAAUCAUCUCCGAUGAAUGGAACACAGCAAGUUAUCAAGGUUGAUAAAUUGCUUCAUACUGAUGAAAACAGGUGGGCUGCUAGAAUCAAAGGGCACGAUAAGAACGCCGUGACUAUCGAGGUACGUUCAAGCUCGGACAGUUGCGUUGGGAUUUGGAAAUGCAAAAUAGAAACGAAAACUAAGGUCACCUACUCUGGAGCAGGAGAAAGCGGAAGUGAGGGCGGAGAAAAUUCACCAAAGGCUCAAGUUUACGAUGCCCCCGAUGAUAUCUACCUUCUAUUCAACCCGUGGGAGCCAUCGGAUGUCACAUACAUGAAAGAUAAGGAGCUGCUGAACGAGUAUGUUCUCGAGGAGAUGGGCAAAAUUUGGGUAGGUCCACACACGUCGACCAGAGGAAGAAGUUGGAGUUUCGGCCAGUUUGAUGACUCGGUGCUUCCACUGAUCAUGAUUCUCCUUGAAAAAUCUGGCUUGGCAUUGCAACAAAGAGGAAACCCCAUUUUGGUCUCACGUGCUUUAUCUAAAAUGGUAAAUUCUAACGAUGACAAAGGAAUUCUCGUGGGGAGAUGGGAUGGAAAAUAUAGCGAUGGAACACCUCCUUCUGGAUGGACCGGAUCUGUCCCCAUCAUCGAGCAAUACUUCCAGACAAUGAAACCCGUGAAGUAUGGGCAGUGUUGGGUAUUUGCUGGCGUUCUAGGCACUGUUUGUAGGGCGUUGGGACUCCCUUGCAGGGUUGUUUCAAACUUGGUUUCAGCGCACGAUUCUAACGGCUCUCUGACCAUUGAUCGAUACUUUAACGAUAAAAACGAUGAAAUUAACUAUGAUCCAAACAACCCACACGGAGGGAAAGACUCCAUUUGGAAUUUUCAUGUUUGGAAUGACGUCUUCAUGUCACGUCGUGACCUACCAAAAGGAUAUGGAGGAUGGCAGGCGAUCGACUCUACCCCGCAAGAACAGUCUGAUGGAAUGUAUCGGUGCGGGCCAGCUAGCCUAGAGGCAGUGAGGAAAGGAAAAGUUGGAUAUUCUUACGACGUCCCCUUUGUCCUUGCUGAAGUGAAUGCAGAUGUCGUCCGCUGGAGAGAAGACAAAUCCAACGAUUUUGGUUUUAUUCGCAUGGAGGCCAACAAAUAUCAUGUCGGUCGGCAAAUUCUGACCAAGAAACCCAACGUGUUUGAUUCGGAAGGAGAUUCAGACAGAUGGGAUAUCAUUGAGGAAUACAAACCAAAAGAAGGGACUCGGAUGGAGCGACUCCAACUGGUGAACGCGGUGCAAGGUUCGAAUCGUCAAGGGGCCGCUUCCUUCUUUGAGCUCAACCCAAAGGACAAGGACGUGGACUUCGAUUUGAUUGAACUGGAGCAGGUCCCGGUGGGCGAACCGUUCUCUCUCGUCGUGAAAAUUACUAAUAAGUCAAAGGAAACAAGGACAGUCCAGGCGGACUUAACCGCUGAAUCCAUGUACUACACUGGAGUGAAAGGAAAGCUUGUGAAAAGAGCCGCAGGAAAGUUUGUAGUUCGACCUGAUUCAAAUGAAGAGCUGAGAAUGACAGUUCUGCCGGAUGAGUAUAUGGGAAAGUUGGUGGAGUACGGGAUAAUGAAAAUGUUUGCAAUUUGUGCCGUGGACGAAACUAAUCAAGCGUGGUCGGAAGAGGAUGACUUUCAAGUUGUCAAACCACCACUUAACAUAAAAGUGACGUCGAACUUGACUGCAGGAAAACCAGCUUAUGCGACAUUUAGUUUUAUAAAUCCUCUCAAACGAAACUUGACCAAAUGUGUUAUAAAUUAUGAAGGGCCAUUUUUGGUACGAUUUUCUGAGAUCAACCUCAAGGAUGUUGGGAUUGGAGAGGAGUUGGAAUACGUCCACCGAUUUAUUCCACGCUCCUCUGGAAGCCACCAGUUUAUUGCUACAUUCACGUCAAAAGAACUUAUCGACAUUGUGGGAUCAAUUGUGAUUGAAGUUAAUUGAGAUUAUUGAGUUGUUAUACAUAAAAAUACAUAGAUGCAUUGCACUUUACUUCCCAAAAAUAAAGUAAAACUUAUUUCACAAUCAAAUAUUUCUGUCAAUGAUUUAUAUGCUAUUUUGAAAUUUUUAAACAAAACUUGUGUCAAAAUUGCAAUGUGUCCAUACUCUGUACAGCUUGCAGCCUCUGGCGGAGGAGAAAGUUGUGCCAACUUUCUCUUUGUGUCCAACGCCCAAGCGAUGUAGCUCUCGACAACCACUUUGUCUCUCUGGAAUCAUGCUUAGCUUAGGAAUAGUGAAUUUCAUGUAAUUUUAAUGUUUGUCAGAACACAUUAGGAUAGAAUUUACUCAAUUUAUCAUUUAAAAUUGAUGCAAAAAAAAUCGUACAAAAUUUUCGUCAACAGCAAGGAACAUAAUUUAUUGAUUGCGACCUAGAACUGUUUUUAAACGACUUUACCCAGAACAAAAGACAGGUACAUUUUGCGUGUCCGGUAACAACAAUUGCAACUAGAAACCAUUCUUACUAACAAUAUUGCAUAAUGAUAUAGCAAUUAUAAGAAGUGCUAGAAUACUCUCUACAUCUAGAUAUCCAGUAUUGUGGAACUUAUAUUAACGUAAAGUAAUUAUUUGUAUAUAUAUUAACUGCGCCAUUUUCAUCUUUAAGUUUAAUGUCCGUGCAUCAUUUAUGCGCUUUAAGUAAUUGUUCAUUUUCUCCGCAUUCCCAUGUCUCUUAAAAUACGCUUCGUAACACCGUGUAGGUAUUUAUGUAAUAUAAUACUGCGCCUAAGGUAAAACUUUCACCAACUUAGAAUAACCUGAAAUACUGAUGACAACAACCUAAUUUCUGUAAAUAAUACAAUAAUGCGCCACACGCGUUCUAUUUAUGAUGCUACAUUCAUCAACAGUAAAUAAGUUUUAACUUUUUGCAUAUUCAAAGUUCUCUCUUUAAUAAGUAUUUGAAUCAUAUCUUAUUACUCAAUGGUACAUGUUUUUAUUAGGUUCAUCCUCAGCUUAUUUAAUUAAGUCUUCGUUGUGGAUUUUGGGUGUAAGAAAUUUUCUACGGUCCACCAGUAAAGCUAUUUUUGUUAGAAUUAAAUCAAAACUUUUCUUUUUAAGAGUAGAACACUUUCAGAGGUUUGUAGUCGGGUGUACUAAUAAUAGCACAUAUACGAAUAAUUCUACAUAUGUACAUAUCUGUGUCGUGUGAAUGAAAUUGUUUCAUGUACUUCUUGGAAAAAUAAUAAUGAUAA